AUGUUAAGGAGCCGCUUAUCGAGCUCACAAGGCUCCGGAUCAACCAAGUCAGAGACCAAAAAGACACCUUUACGUCAACAGUCUAUUGCAUCAUUCUUCAGUAAGAAAUCUACAUCGUCAUCGACAGCUCCAAAAAGAACAGCAACAACAUCGCAUACCGUCAUAUCUGCAUCACAACCAAUUAGAAGUGUUUCACAAAAUAGAUCACUUUCCACCACAGGCAGAAAAUUGGCCACACAUAUAUCGAAAAAACCAAGACUUUCCACUCAGGAGGUAAUUAACCUUGAGGAUGAAAAGGAAUCGAGACCUCCUAUUCAUCGAGCUAAAUUGAACCGGUCGAAAAUCAACCCGUCAUCGUCGUCAUCGCUCUUCUCUUCUCAAGGUUCCUUUGAUGAAUGUGACCCGGUUGCUGAGUUACAAAGAUUGAAGACCGUCGAGCAUCUGAAUAGUUAUAAACCUACAUUGUCUCGUGCACCAAGUUUCAAGAGAUCUAGCAGCAAGACUGAAGUGGUAGAAAUAGAAUCGGAUACUAAUGGCGUUACCGCAUUCCACGAAGUAACAAACAUUUCUAGUGGAUCGCGUCAAUUAUCCUUUACUAGUACACAAUUAGACUUUCACAGAGAAGAAUCAGACACCUUCAUCCCUUUACAGUUCUCUCCUAGAAAGACAGCCCGUAUGUUAGCAUUCCAAUCCGAUUUAAAAUUAGCCUCAUCAAAGAAAUUAAAACAUCUUAAUGACAGAGGUGGUUCCACAUCUUCAUCAUCUUCAUCGAAGAAACGUAAUAUAGUACCAUUAAAACUUACAAAAGAACAAGAGACGGUCAUUGACUUAGUUGUCAAUAAGAAGGCUAAUAUUUUUUAUACAGGUUCUGCUGGUACAGGUAAAUCUGUUAUCCUAAACAAUAUCGUUGCCAAAUUAGGUGCGGUAUACGGUCGUGAUGCAAUUGCUGUAACUGCUUCCACUGGUUUAGCUGCUUCUACUGUUGGUGGUGUCACAUUACAUAAAUGGGCCGGAGUUGGUAUUGCUCAAGCGCCUGCUCAAGUUCUUGUUAAUAGAGUUAUGAAACGUAGAGAUAUCCUAAAUGUUUAUAAGAAUACAAAAGUGUUGAUUAUUGAUGAGGUCUCUAUGAUUGAUGGUAUGUUCUUAAGUAAGAUUGAAUAUAUUGCUCGUUCAGUAAGGAAGAGUGAUAGACCAUUCGGUGGGAUUCAAGUAGUCCUAACUGGUGAUUUCUUUCAAUUACCUCCUGUCCAAAAGAGAGAUAAUACCAACGCUAACAAUCAACAAAGUAUAUUUUGUUUUGAGAGUGAAAUGUGGCAACGAUGUAUCCAUAAGACAAUUUUAUUGACAAAAGUAUUUAGACAACAGGAUGAUGAAUUAGUGAAAAUCUUGAAUUGUAUUAGAUUUGGUGAUAUUGAACAAAAUAUGGCACUUACUUUACAAAAUUUAUCGAGACACAUUGAAUAUGAUGAUGGAAUUUUCCCAACAGAACUUUAUUCAACAAGAAGAGAAGUUGAAAUGUCUAAUUCGAGACAAUUAGGAUCAUUGCCUGGAACAGAACAUCGUUACGAGGCACAAGAUAUUGCCACUCCGGAACAACGUAACUUAUUAGAUUCAUCAGUUAUGGCAGAACGUGUCUUGGUAUUAAAAGAAAAUGCUCAAGUAAUGAUGUUAAAGAAUAAACCAGAAGUUGAUUUAGUGAAUGGUUCCCUUGGGAAAGUUUUGUUUUUCACAACUACAAAAUUGAUGUUAAAGAUGAAUCAAAUGUAUAGAGUAAUAGAUGAUGAUACGAUUAUCGAUAUGAGAUUAGUCUCUGAAGUUAUUGGCAACCCUGUAAAACGUAAUUCUGAUAAUUUUAUUAGAGAGGUUCAAGCAAGACCAAUGUCUCGUGCUAACAAUUUAGGUGAAUUACUCAAUAUUGCAAUACACGAGAGAGACCCACAUAGUAUAUACCCAUACGUUAGGUGGUCUAUUGGUAAGAAGAAAUUUUAUCAUGAGUUAGUCAUACCAGAUAAAUUCCCUGUAGAUUUACCAGGUGACAAGACAGGAAUUGAAAGAACACAGCUGCCAAUUAUGUUGUGUUGGGCAUUAUCCAUCCAUAAGGCACAGGGACAAACCAUUCAAAGACUCAAAGUGGACCUGAAGAACAUUUUCGAGGCUGGUCAGGUGUAUGUUGCAUUAUCCAGAGCUGUAUCAAUGGAUAAUUUACAAGUAUUGAACUUCAACGCUAAAAAGAUUCGUUCCAACGAUAAAGUCAAGCAAUUCUAUACUACGUUGGAAACCAUCAAAUAG